AUGUCUACAACUGCAUCUGCCUCAUCCGCAUUGUCACGCAGUCAUUCAUCCGCAACUCGAACUCCACCCCAGACUUAUGCUCAACCUUCAUCGCAGCCGUCUCGAACCCGCUCUACCACCCAUAGAUCGUCCAGCUCAACUCACCAUCGUGCAGGUUCGCGAGCCUACGAAAAGGAUGCCGUUGCUGCACCACAGGCUCAGGGCAACCUGAGUCAUGUUGCUCGACAAGAUUUUGAGAGAAGCAACCUGGCCCGAGUUAGCUCACAACGAAGAAAUUCACGCGAAGGGCGUUCAGCUUAUGAGGAGGAGGCAAGCAGACGCAAUCAAUCCUCGUCCAGACCCGAUUCACGGAGAAGCAGUCAAGACUUUACUGUGGCACCACGAUCGGCCACCAAUGGCUCGUCAGCUACACCCCUGCCUCCUGCUGCACCAGUGCCUGCGCCCAUGGCUCAUCCGAACUAUGGCCAGAUGGGUCGUCGACGAACCUCUAUCACCACUCAGACUGGCACAUGGCAGCUUGGCAAGACUAUUGGCCAGGGGAGUAUGGGAAAGGUCAAAGUCGCAAGGAAUUCCGAGACCGGAGAAACAGUUGCUAUAAAGAUCAUCCCAAGACAAACCGUUGACGAGAACGGCCAAACCAAAGACGAACGUUCCGAUAAAUCGAAAGAAAUCAGGACUGCAAGAGAGGCUGCGAUGGCAACAUUGCUCGACCACCCUUAUAUUUGUGGCAUGCGUGAUGUUCAGAGGACAAACUACCACUGGUAUAUGCUGUUCGAGUACGUCGAUGGCGGGCAGAUGCUUGAUUAUAUCAUCGCACAUGGUCGUCUCAAGGAGAAGCAAGCACGGAAAUUCGCCAGACAAAUCGCAAGUGCCCUGGAUUACUGUCAUCGCAACAGUAUCGUGCACCGCGAUCUCAAGAUCGAGAAUAUCCUAAUCAGUAAAAGUGGUGAUAUCAAGAUAAUAGACUUCGGCCUAAGCAAUCUUUAUUCACCGCGCUCACUGCUAAAGACUUUCUGUGGCAGUCUCUACUUUGCUGCUCCCGAAUUGCUCAACGCUAGGCAAUACACAGGUCCAGAAGUUGAUGUUUGGAGUUUUGGCAUCGUGCUGUACGUCUUAGUAUGUGGCAAGGUUCCAUUUGAUGACCAGAGCAUGCCGCAGCUACAUGCGAAGAUCAAACGAGGCCAUGUCGAGUAUCCACAGUGGCUCACAGCAGAGUGCAGAAGCAUCAUCUCUAGAAUGCUGGUGGUCGAUGUAAAGGAACGCGCCACCCUCCAAGAAAUUAUGAGCCAUCCAUGGAUGACUAAGGGGUUCAAUGGACCACCUGAAAACUUUGUGCCCUCCCGAGAACCGCUUCAGCUACCCCUCGACCCUGCCGUUAUCAAUAAGAUGCAGGGCUUCGACUUUGGACCUGCCAACUACAUCCAGGAACAGCUCACCAGGAUUAUCGAGUCAGAAGACUACCAGCACGCCAUGCGCCGUGCCGUCAAAGACGAUUCUCUACACGGUGGCUUGCCUGGAGAUAGAAAGCGCGGCAUGUUCGAGUUCUACAAGAGACGCAAUUCGACCAGCAGGGAGGGUCUGACUGCUCCUUCGACCGAAGCCAUCCGUGGUAGCGAUCCACUUAAUGCAUAUUCACCAUUAGUCUCGGUGUAUAUGUUAGCAAGAGAGAAGCUCGAGAGGGAAAGAGUCGAGGCCAACCCUGGUGCAUUGUCUCUUGGCACCCCUGCGGAUGCGCCGCCACUCAAAGCUCCUGGUCUGCCUUCUCCUGAAGCCGCUCACACCAACACCUUCUCGCCUGAACUGCCAGGUGAAUCGGCGACGGGUGGCAGAGCUCGAGCAAGAUCAAGGACGAAUGGUGAAGCCGAAGUUGUGGAAAACAUGAAACGUGUCACGAUCAACGACAAGCAGCCACAGCCUAUUCCUUCUCCACGGCUGGAUGCUCCACCUGCUGACAGUCCGGCCCGCAAGGAAGGAACAGCUUUGGGUCUGCUGAGGAGGUUUAGUACACGGCGCAACAAAGAUCGCGAUACAGACAGACCGCUACCACCACCAUCCUUCAAUAUUCAGCCCCCACAAGAACCUGCCCCAACACCACGAAAGUCGUUCUCUGUACGACGAUCGCGAAGACGUGAACAAUCACCUCCAACAUUGCAUACGGGCGGAAGUCAAGGACAGCACGAGGGUUUGCUCAGUGCUGGCUCCUCAAAGGGCAGAAGCCUCCUCAACCGAUCGACCAGUGUCAACUCGGCCGACUUUCGGCCAAGGAGAUUACUCAAUCGUGGUGCGUCUGAUGCCACUAACUCACCACGCCUUGCACCAGAAGUCCCUACUCCCAGCGGCUCUGAGCAGUCCAGCUUGAAUGGCCAGAAGGCAAACAACAAGAUAGUGGAAGUGGAAGAAAGACCUAACGCUGCUCCGUCGUCUGUUGCUCCUCGCACACCUACAACAGCACGUACCAGAUCGCUGGGGCACAGUCGGCAUGACAGUAUGCAAGCGCGGCGACAGCGACGAGAUGAAGCUCGAAGCCGACAUGAAAAUGUGCCGGAAGAGACUGAUGCAGAAUUGCAGGAGCAAGCAGCGGAAACUCCAACAAUACCCGAUACGCCAGGGGCAGACAUCUCUCGGCCAGCAGGUUUGAAAGGGUUAUUCUCGUCGUCUACUACAAGCAGCAAGCCAGCUCAAUUCAUACGGCAUGAUCUAAUCCGUGUUCUGAAACAGCUUGGUGUCGAAUAUACUGAAGUAAGAGGGGGAUUUAGCUGCCGUCAUGCGCCCAGUAUCAACCUGGAUGACGUCCGCGAGGGUGGUGCUUUUGAGGAUGAGAAGAGUGGCAAAGUUGGCACUGGCCACAAUCGACGUAUUUCGUUUGGAGCAUUCCGCAACCGCGAUCGCGAUGAAUUCAGGGACGAAAAGCCACAUCGUCAACAGUCUCGUCGCCGACAACCAGAUCAAAGCUUUGUAACCAAUUCAGAAGGAUCUGACGAGUAUGUGCAUGCUUCUGGGCAAGGGCAACAGCAAGCCGAUAUGGCAGCCACCAGGACACGUGUGCAGGACGACAACGGGGAGCGACUAGUACUGAGGUUUGAAGUUGCGAUUGUGAAGAUUCCCUUGUUCAAUCUACACGGCAUACAGUUCAAGAAAGUUCAAGGAGGCAUGAAUCAGUAUCGCUCGAUGACUUCAACGAUUCUGAACUCGCUGCGGCUAUAA